AUGGGAAACUUGCUAGCCUUUAGGUUAGCUACAGAAGAGUACAAAGGUGAAGGUACUGUAGCUGCUUCUACUCAAUCUUCAUCUGGAGGAACAUCUGUAUGUAAUCUAAAAAAAGAAAAGAAACUCAAGGAGCAAGCAUUGCCGUAUGGACUGAGUUCAUAUGCAACGUUUUUACUAGCCUGUAUCAUCAUUGGAUUAACAUCCAGUGUAUACUACAACUGGUCAGGUAUAGAGAGAAUCUUGGUACAACAAAAAGUCCUUCAAUCUCUAUGCACAGAAAAGGAGAGGAGGGAGGCUCUCCCCGGAGUUUUUGUCUGUGAAGCACAAAGACAAGAUAUUUCGAGUUUUUGCACAUACAUCACAUAUACUGAUGUUCUAAUGAGUGGUGUUGCUGGUCCCCUUGUUGAUAAUUGCGGAGCUUACAUUGUCAUUCUAAUCGGUAUUAUUUGGGGCGUUAUAACAAUUUUAUUGUUUUACUUUUACCACGAAUCAAGGAUAAUGUUAUAUGUAAGCUUUAUAUCUUGGGGGAUAAGUGGAGCUUUUGUGUAUGCUCCGUGUUCUCACUAUCACAGAAUGUUUCCAAAUGCCAGUAGCAUAGCAUUUGGUGUUAUAGCCUUAUUUGACAAUCUUAGUAUGGCUAUCCCAACGCUUUUUUACUGGAUCAUUGAAAAGUAUGGAAUUUCUUACACUGAUGUACUCCUCUCGUAUAUGUUUUGGGGAAUUAUUCCAUCUUUCUUAAUCACGCUCUUUUUUACCCCAAAUCAAUAUAUAGAAAUGGAGGAAGAGGAAAAGGCGGAGGAAAAUGGAAAGGAAGGAAGUGAGAGCAAGGAUAAGCUAAGUGAGCAACUGAAGGAGCCAAGAUAUUGGUUAUGUCUAGCAUCUUAUACAGUUGUCUUCAUUUCAACUAUCUACGGAAGAAGAGCCUUUAGUGCAUACUUUUACAGUGAUGUUAGAUUGAACAAAUUGUUUGCUCUAAUCCAGUCAUUCAACUUUUUGCCAAGUCCGUUUAUUGGGAUAUUGAACCAGUUUAUUGGUGUUAUUCCGAUAUCUAUUGGGAUAUUCUUCAUUCACAUACUCAUCUUUUUGACCUUUUACUUUCCAUCUUAUCCCACAGGAUACAUUUGUCUGUUUUUGUAUAAUAUUGUCACAUCUGUGGAUAUUCAGCAGACCAUGACUUAUAUCGGUGAAUAUUUUCCUCAUAAUGAAGCAACACUUAUGGGAAUAGCUCAAAUAUUUUGUGCUGUAAUUGGGUAUGUAGUUAAUAUUCUCUGUGAUAGAAUUUAUUACAAAUACUCUCCAGGUUGGAGUGUGGCUCUUAUUUUAGUUCUAAUUGUAAUGGUUCUCAUUGCUUCCUUUUACGUUUGUUACAAGUACAGCAAUCAGGAUGUUUUUGAAGAGGGGCAAGAAGCUGUCGCAAGACUACUUAUGUCGUUGUUCUGGUUUAUACCCUUUUAUUUUUCAUACAUUUGGUUGUUGAUAGGAAAUUAUAUGACUAAGACAGUGGCCUACGCACCGAAAAAGAAAUGUUUGGAGAAUAAUGAUUAUAAGGUGGCCCAAUUUUCAUCAACAAGUCUGAGGACAUUUGGUCUAUUUGCUUUUUUUUACACAUCCUCAAUCUUCUUUGUCAUAUAUUCAGCAUUCCAGUUUUGUUUAAAUGUCAAGCCUGGAAGAGAUGGCGCACUUCAUUUUGCUUUCCUUCUUUUCUGCUUUUUUGUACCAGGAAAUUCUGUCUUUUAUAUAAAUUAUUCAAAGAAGAUUGAGGAUGUGUCGGCAUUCCCGUUUUUGUUAGCAAUUUUAACGGGUUUAGUUUCGAUAUAUUCAAUCAUUUCUGUAUUCAAAUUUAAUGUAGUCUUGAAAUUUGUUUCACUUUCAUUGAUCUUGGCUCUAUUCGGAGUGGCUUUUUUUAUUUUUGGGAAUAUGCUAGUUUAUUUCAACUUGAAUACAACCAUGAAAAGUUUAAUAUUUAAAGGUUCGCUAUUGCAGUGGGGAAAUAUGACAACUACUUUUUCUCUGUUGUUUAUUACGGUAUCUGCCAUAGAAAUGUACUCUAGGAAAUACCAAAUUCUACACCCAUAUACCGUCGUUUGGCUCUUGAAUUUACUCGUAUUCGUGGUAUUUUCAUUGUUGAUAAUCCUGUAUUUACCCUAUAAUAAGGAAUUUCUUGGUGAAAAGAACAACAAUAGAACUCUCACUAUUCCAAAACCGAACUACAAUCUGGUUAGCUAUUGCGAAGAGUACUGGGUUAUAUAUUCAGUGGCAUCAAGCUUCGUUACCCUUGGAUUCAUUUUGUACGAAAAAAAAAUUGGAUUUAGAUGGAUUGUAGAUAUAUUUCUAACAGCUUUCCUGAUGGAUCUUCUUUACUCUAUUUUGUUCUGUUUCAAGUCAGGUCAACAUGUGGGCUGUGAAGUACACAAAUUUCUAGUGACAAUAGCAUUGUAUGGUUCAGUUUCCACGUUGAUACUAAGUGUUAUUAUGCUAUUGUUUUCAAGGUCCACUUCUAGCACGCUGUCAUUUUUAUCACAUCUGUUAAUUCUUCUCCGUGUCGGAUUUGACACUGUUAUAGCAAAUAGUUCAUGGGCUAUUGUUGAGGAUACACUCUAUAGAAAUAAUGGUAAAAUUUGUCGAGAUAAAAUAGAAAACCUUGAUGAUAUUUUGUCUAUGGUUAUUUUUAUUUUCAAUACUGCAAUUUCGUUCGGCUCUCUAACUUUCAUUCUACAGUCAAUGAUGUCAUAUGAUGGCACAUUUAGUAAGCUUUAA